CGACAAUACCCAUGACACCUGUAACUCCGGUAGAUCUUGCAGGCAUCACAGCUUUGCGCGAUGUGAUCCGACGCGAUGUACAAGAUCUGGACAGCGGUUCCCACCACCGCUUACAGAAGCAUGUUCAGAAACUAUCAAAAGCUGCUGAAAUUUCUUUCGCCGAGUACGCACUGCUCGAGCGGCGCAACGACUUCCUGCAAAAGACUAAUAGCGAAGCUCGGGUACGGCGAUCCACGAGACCAAAAGUCAUCGGAACAGCGAGGGUGAUGAGCUACGAGGAUUUGGAGAGAGCGAGAGAUGAACGGGCACUUCGAGACGCGAGACCGAUCUCAAAGCGCAGAUCGAGUGCUAGGGCUGUGGCGCACAAUGCUAUUAAUGAACCUUCGAAUGUGGUCCAGACCAAUAUCAAUUUGGUAAGCGUACAAGAAAGACGCACAGAACCGCUUAUUCAAGGACAAGAGGAAUAUCGAGUGCCAACCGCUAGAAUGUGGUAAUAAUGGGUCGGUGAAUUAUGCUCCGCGGACUCACAGUCUCUCCGCGGACUCACAGUCUCUCCGCUUGGGCUUUAACGUGUGCUCUUGUCGACAUUACGAGCAGAGACGCCAAUCGUGGAUCACUACCUUCGCUCUACUGACUCGUCACUUGUUGGGAGAUCUUCACUUGUACUUCAGGUAUUCAUAGCUUUGAUAUUUCCUGCGUUCCUCUGCG